GCCUUUAAUAUUUGUCGGCGCAGGGCUCUGAAUAGACGCCGAAAUUUUUUCUUCCAUCACAUUUCUCUUUUGCUAAAAUAAAAUAAGUUUACUCUGCUUGUGAAAAACACACAGUGAUUUAGGAAAAAACGAACAGUGAAAUACAAGUAUAAUACAUAUAUAAAACAGAUUUGCUUUUGAAUUGAAAUUAAAUUGUCAAACAAACAAAAUGGCUGACAUUUCUACGGAAGAGUUGAAAAAUGAAAUCCAUGCAGUCUUAAAGACAGCCGAUUUAUCGGUGGUCUCGGCCAAGAAGGUGCGUGAACAAGUGGAGAAAAAGUUGGACUGUUCGUUGCUCAGCCGCAAGAAGGAGUUUGACAAAAUUGUGAUGGAUUUCAUAAAUGAUCAGCAAGAAGACGAAGAAUCAGAAGAGGAUGACAAAGAUGAAGACGAAAGUGCUUCCGAAGAGGAGGCCAGCAGUGAGGAAGAAAAGAAGCCGGCAAAGAAACGUCCCCAACCUACACAACGCAAAGCAGCACCCCCCAAGAAGAAGCGUAAAUCUUUGACAGCUUCUGACUCCGGCUCCGAAUCAGAUGCCGGUUCGGAUUCAGACUUUGAAAUGCCCAAGAAAAAGGCGGCCGCCAAAAAGAAGAAGGCAGCCGGUGAGAAGCCAGCGGGAGGUCGUAAAUCAACCGGUUUUACCAGAUCCUACAAUUUGUCGCCGGAAUUAUCCGCCCUAAUGGGUGCUGAAGCUUUGCCCCGCCAUGAAGUGGUCAAGAAAGUCUGGGCCAUUAUUAAGGAACGCAACUUGUACGAUCCGAAAAACAAACAAUUUGCCAUUUGUGAUGAUGAACUUAUGAAAGUAAUGAAGGUUAAACGUUUCGUACCUUUGGUAUGUUGAAACAUUUAAAGCCCCAUUUCUUGGAAUAAGCAAACGAGGAUCGAACUUGAAUACACCCCGCGGGCGUUUAAUGGUUA